AAACCUUGCCACAUAUAAAAUGCCACACAGUUUCACAAAGCAACCGACACCCCUUGAUUAACCCACCACAACCACAACCACAACCACAACCUCCCUCUCUCUCUCUCUAAUCUCUAUUACUUAGCUAGCUACCUGCUAAAACCAACAUUUCCACUCUCUGUUCUGUUCUGUUCUGUUCCUCCUAGUACUACUACACAAAAACACAGGUAGCAUUCUUCACUCUGUCUGGUUUCUCUUAUUGUCUGAAUAAACCCUCAAAUGGCCAUGGAUGGCGGCGGCAUCUAUGGCGGCACCACCAUCUUCUACACUUCCCUCCUCCUCUUCUCAAUCUUCUCCAUCUCAUCACAGUCUUCUCAAAUUCCGGGUUCGGGUCCGGGUCAAAUAAACUCCAACUCCAUCUUGGUAGCACUUCUGGACUCACAUUACACUGAGCUAGCAGAGCUCGUAGAGAAAGCAAUGCUUCUUCAAACCUUAGAACAAACAGUGGGCUCUCACAACAUCACCAUCUUCGCUCCCAAAAACGAAGCUCUAGAGCGAGAUCUCGACCCUGAUUUCAAGCGCUUCCUCCUCGAACCCAGAAACCUUCACUCUCUCCAGACACUUCUCAAGUCCCACAUCAUCCCCAUGAGAAUCAGUGGAUCCGAAAACGCUCCCGGGUCGACCCACCACCGCACACUCGCCGGACACCACCACCUGAGAUUGGAGACAAACGGAACGGGUCGGCAGUGUUGCGUUGAUGGCUCCCGGAUCCUCCACCCGGACGCGAUUACCCGACCCGACGGUGUCAUCCACGGGAUCGAGCGUUUACUCAUCCCCCGCUCCGUCCAAGACGACUUCAACCGCCGCCGGAGCCUCACCUCAAUCGCCGCCGUGAAGCCAGAGUCCGCGCCGGUGGUUGACCCGAGAACCCACCGGUUAAAGAAACAACCACCACCGCAGAAACCAGGUUCAUCCCCUGUUUUACCGAUCUACGACGCAAUGGCUCCGGGUCCUUCCCUCGCUCCGGCGCCAGCACCAGGCCCCGGCGGGCCCCACCACCACUUCAACGGCGAGGCCCAGGUGAAGGACUUCAUCCACACGCUUCUCCACUACGGCGGGUACAACGAGAUGGCGGACAUUCUCGUCAACCUCACCUCCUUAGCCACCGAAAUGGGUCGGUUGGUUUCCGAAGGCUACGUUCUCACCGUCCUCGCUCCCAACGAUGAAGCCAUGGCGAAACUGACGACGGAGCAGUUGAGUGAACCCGGUGCGCCGGAGCAGAUCAUGUACUACCAUUUGAUCCCGGAGUAUCAGACGGAGGAGAGUAUGUACAAUGCGGUUCGGAGAUUUGGGAAGGUGAGGUAUGAUACGCUCCGGCUACCGCAUAAGGUGGUGGCGCAGGAGGCUGAUGGGUCGGUGAAAUUCGGGCACGGUGAUGGGUCGGCUUAUUUGUUCGACCCGGAUAUCUUCACCGAUGGAAGGAUCUCAGUGCAAGGGAUUGAUGGGGUGUUGUUACCUCCACAAGAACAAGAUGAAGAAGAAGAUGAGAAGGAGAAACCGGUGACCCGUACCCGUUCGGGUCAACCCGCUAAGGUUGUUGUCAAGCAAAGAAGAGGAAAAUUACUAGAAGCAACAUGCUGGAUGCUUGGAACAGUUGGACAACAUUCUAGAUUCACCUCUUGUCAAUAAAAAGGUAGCCCUCAUUUGGAUGCUAGCAAGUCUCAUUAAAACAAAAGAUGCACAGAAAAUUGCAAAAAUAUGUAAAAAGUCAAUGGAAUAUGAAGGCCAGGUUACUUGAAAUGGUUUUACAGCAGCUGCAAUGGGUUUGGUUUUGCCACUUUUUUUAUGUUUUCUUUUCUUUUCUUUCUCCCUCUUGAUUUUCACCUUGUGGAUUCUGGUCCUAGAUGAGAGAACAAAGCUUCCCAAGUCUCCUCUUGAUACAAUAUAUAUAAUGCAUAUAUAUAUGAUGUAUGUAAUUUAGAUUCAAUUAGUACUGCUGCUGCUGCUCUAUAAUUCUAUAGGAGGGUGUGUUGGUGGGAUGAGAAGGUUGUGUAAUAAGAAGGCAUAUGUAAUCUGUGCCCGAUUCAGUAAGUAGUUUUUACUCAAGAAAUGGAAAUGGAAACACAGUAAUAAAAUGAUUCUUUACUGUAA